GAGCCAGAGCGGUGUGCGCUCGGCGGUGCUCGGCCCCGCGUCGCUCUCGUCCUGCUGCCCGGGCCCCAGCGUGCGCCGACACUGACGGCCGCCGCUCUUGUGUUUGCCUUAACAGACUUUGGAAUCAGAGAAAACACCUGCGGGUCUCGGAGGCUUCAGGCUCUGAACUGCCUUCACUACUGCCGCCGCCUUCUGUCUAAUGUGCUACAAGGAUGAGCCCAGCAUUUGGAGCAAUGGAAGUGGAGCACUAUUCCAAGGGAGUCCUGCUCGAGCCUUUUGUCCACCAAGUUGGAGGACACUCCUGUGUCCUCCGGUUUAAUGACAAGACCAUCUGUAAACCUCUUAUUCAGAGAGAACACCAGUUCUAUGAGACUCUCCCGACAGAAAUGCGUAAAUUCACUCCACAAUAUGAGGGCUGUGGAGAUGCAGGGUGGAAAUGCUUGCCAAGUUGGUGUUUGGGCUGACUAACAGCAUUAGAGUAGAGCAACUCUGCUGGUGAUAGCCCAUAUAUCUCCCUUAGGCACAGGUAAGUAGCUAACAGCUUGAGAACAUUUUCAGUACUUCUCUACUUUUUAAUUUUUUUUUUUUAAUUUGAAUUUGAAUUAUUUUUUUUUUUUGCUACUUGUUUAAUGUUUGUUUACAAAGUAUUUGGUAAGGACAGAUAAUAGCAUUUUGUGUAAGCUUAGGUAUGGUCUCUUUUGUGCUUUGAUUUCUCCUCUUACUUUCAUUUCAAUUGCAAUAAGUAUAUGCCAGUAAGGUGUCUUGUUGAGUACUUGCAGUGUUAUUUCUGCCAUUAAGGAAAUGAAAAUUCAUGGCAUUUAGGUAGGCAAGGAUCAAGUAGCUGUGAUGAGGCUGAGUCAGAAGUUAUGUAGGAGUGGAAAUUCCAGUUCUCCUAAGAAUUGCACUAGUUAACAGGAAUACUUUUUUCUUUCUCCUAUUCCAUUAACUGUUGCCUGAUGAUUAAUAAAUAAUAUGUCUGAAGCACUUUUUUAAAAUGGAAUUGCUUUUUAAAGCACAUUGAUUUUAACAACCAUGAUGGUGAUGAAGUUUUGUGCUCUGUUUGCGAAAGUGAUGGAAGACUUCAGUGAUGUUUCAGAGUUAAUAUUCUCUGCUCAUUUACAGAGACUUUUUGCCAUGUCUAAUUACAAGUUCUGUUGGACUGGAAGAAAAUCUGAUCUUUGAAUGAUACUUUGCAGAAAUGUAACAGAACAACUGUACUAGUGUAUGUGGCUUUCUGGGAAGUAUGGGGAGUGAUUUAGAGGGAAGAGGCCUCACUUGGUCCACCUGGGUUUUUUCCCAGAGUAAAGGCAAAGAAGCCAUUUGCUAGCUGGCUCCCCCACCCUUUUUCCCAUUGUCCUUUCCUUUGUGACAGCAGGACAGUCAGAGUUUCUGCACUCCCUGCCUCAGCCACUGCCUGUCUGGGAGCUGCCUGCCCAGCUUGGAAAUCCCAGUCUCUCACCGAGAUCUCUCCCUAGCUAGUGAUGAGUGAACUGUGCAGACUGAUUGAUGUGAAAUAAAGGACUGGAAAACAAAAUAAUAAACAAUUCAGAUAAUUGUUAUGGCUUCUCCAUUACCCUCUGAGACUUAUUCAUGCAGCACUGGGCAUAUAUGUCAGUGCUCCACUAAGACUCUUAAAAUGCAAUGCAGUGCUUUAGAGACUCCUGAGGGGAGGAUGAGGAGGAAAAAAUGCUUUUGAGAUUCACCAUGCUUCUGUACCACAAACAGAUGUGCUUUGUAUUGCAUUUUUGUUACUUACUCCACAAGAUUGCUGCAAAACCAGUAUCAAUAAAAUAUAUUCCAAAAAAUAGAAGAAAAUGUAUAAUUAAACAUGGUGAUUCUAAGUGGAAACUUUUGGACUAGUUUCUGUUGUAAUGUGGCAUUUCCCUUGUUUUGUUCUCCUUGCACAUCUUUUCUUUCCCUUGGGGAUCUAUUAACCAAGUAUUGUUUGGAUAAGUGCUUUUUGCUUUGCUGUCAUGCAAAAUUUAAAAGGUUUUUGGUGUGAAUUUUUUUUGUGCACAUCACUUUUCACUGCAAAAUGUUAACAAAUGUUUUACAUCUCACUUAGAAUCAGUCCAGUCAGCUUUUUUUUUAAUUAAUAAAAAUUUUGUUAAUUGAAAUUGUGUCCUGUUAUUAUUUAAUUGUUACUUGAUUGCUUCAGAGGUAGAAAAUGACAUUUUGUAUCAUUGUUGUGCCAAUAUGAUAAAUUGUCUUUUGUGAGGUGUCAUUUUUGUCUAGCUCUUUUGAUAUUUGUUAGGUUGGCAGAUGAGGUUUGGCCUGUGGCAAGAUAUAAACUAAGGACUGGGGUAAGAGAAAAAAUAAAGUUGCUGUAUUCUUAGUGUAAAGCAAUGCGUUCUAAAAAGCUUGUUUGUCACUUGAGUAAUUAAUAACUGUCUGGGUCCUUUUUCUCUUCAGGUGUGGUAUCGGUGAGCUUUGAAGAGGAUGAAGAUGGAAACUUAUGUCUAAUAGCAUAUCCAUUAAAUGGGGACCACGAUAACUUAGAAAACUUAGAUAACUCUGACUGUGAACCCAAAAGUAAGCUAUUGCGGUGGACUAACAAAAAGACAGUGUUGUUAGAAAAUGAGAAGAUCUCUAAGGAGUGGGUCCGACAGCACAGGAAAGAGGAAAAAAUGAAAAGUCACAAACUGGAGGAAGAAUUUGAGUGGCUGAAGAAAUCUGAAGUCUUGUAUUAUACUGUAGAGAAAAAAGGAAAUGUCAGUUCUCAGUUUAAACACCAUAAUCCUUGGAGCAUGAAAUGUCACCAGCAACAGUUACAGCGGAUGAAGGAAAAUGCAAAGCACCGAAAUCAAUAUAAAUUCAUUUUGCUGGAGAACCUGACGUCUCGCUAUGAGGUUCCGUGUGUGCUGGACCUGAAGAUGGGGACCCGGCAGCACGGCGACGACGCGUCCGAGGAGAAGAAGGCGAAUCAGAUCCGCAAGUGUCAGCAGAGCACCUCGGCCGUGAUCGGAGUGCGAGUCUGUGGCAUGCAGGUUUACCAGGCAGGUACUGGCCAGCUGAUGUUCAUGAAUAAAUACCAUGGAAGAAAACUCUCAGUCCAAGGAUUCAAAGAAGCACUUUACCAGUUCUUUCAUAAUGGCAAAUACCUGCGCAGGGAACUCUUUGAGUCUGUUAUUAAAAAACUUACUGAACUCAAGUCUGUGCUGGAGAAACAGGAGUCCUAUCGCUUCUAUUCAAGCUCCUUGCUGAUCAUCUAUGAUGGAAAGGAAAGGCAGGAAGUUGCCGUUGACUCGGAUCCAGAGGACCUAGAGGACCUUUCAGAGGAAUCUUCAGAUGAGUCAGCAGGAGCCUAUGCCUACAAACCAACUGCCAGUACUGUCGAUGUCCGCAUGAUAGACUUUGCCCACACAACCUGCAAGUACUAUGGAGAAGAUAGUGUGGUGCAUGAGGGCCAAGACACGGGUUACGUUUUUGGACUCCAGAAUUUAAUAGAUAUUAUUAAAGAAAUAAGAGACGAAAGUAGUGAAUAAACAGUGUGAAUGCACAUCACUAGAAAGCACUAUUGUGACUCUUCGUAUUCCAAAAUUAUUGGCCACUUUCUGGUGGUAGGAAUCUUUACAGGCUCUGCAGGGAUGGUCCUGUCAGAGUCAGACUUGUUCAGAGGGCAUUUACUUACAUUGGUGCUGGACCUAGCACUGGCAAAACUUGGUAUCCUUAUUUAUUUUAACUUUCUUAAACAUUCCAUAUUUGAUUACUCAGAUACCUCUGUUAUCCCUGUGUGUAUAUGUUCAAAUAAAACUCUUUUUGUUCGUUGUAA